AUGGAACCACCGGGCGGGAGGGAUUCCCGAUUUAACCUGGGGUACAGCAUGAACUUGUUAAGUGGUGAAACUCCGCCGGAGAUUUACGGGAAUCCUGGCGGCCUGGGCCGGCCGUCCACCAGCUUACAACAGCUGUCGCCGCGACAUACGAUGGUGUCUAGUGCCUGUGGCGGGAGGGUGCUUAAAUCAGAUGUUUGUUAUGACGACCGGGGGAUGUCCCAGCAGGGAAUGGGCCUGGAGGCCUGCGGUGUGAACGACAUCAACGAUGACACUUACAGUUCGCUACAGUCGAAGAAGUCGCCGCCGAGCAACGGCAAAAAGACUAAAGGCAGAGUCAAGAUCAAAAUGGAAUACAUCGAAAAUAAGUUAAGGAGAUACACUACGUUUUCAAAGAGGAAAACUGGCAUCAUGAAAAAGGUGAGAUAA